GAACAGACUGUGGUUCCCUGGCACCAAGAUGCAGCAUAUAUGGACAAUGAUGCCCAUAAGAUUAUGAUUCCAACAGCCUGGAUACCACUGCUGGAUGCCAAUGAAAACAAUGGAUGUCUACAGUUGGUUAAGAAAGCCCACAGGUCUGGUCGUUUAGCCACCCACACCUGCUGUGCUGGACCAACCUGGUAUGUGAUGCUGGAAGAAGAAGAGAUGGUAAAAACCCUUGGAGCCAAUAUGGAAGAAGACAUCAUGACCUGUCCUAUUCCUUAUGGAGGCUUCCUCUUCUUUAAUAAUCUUUUACCUCACAGAAGCUUGAGCAACUACUCAAAUGUCAUUCGAUGGAGCCUGGACUUGCGAUGGUCUAAACCGACAGACCCAGUUGGAUUGUGGGGACUCAAAGAAGGGGUUCUUUUACGUUCUUCUAAAGACCCAAACCUAAAAGUUGACUGGGACGCUUUUACCAAGGUAGACAGGACUGCAUCACAGGAGAAAAUACUUGGAAAGGAUGUUGAUGAGUUUGAUUCAACACUUUCCGGACCAUGGAUGAAAAAAUGGGAAAUUGUUCACCAUAACAAACACACAGAUGCAUAUUUUGCUGGAGCAGACAGCACAGUCAAUCCUUAGAGGCAGUCAAAUAAUGAACAAUAUGUUUCAGUGCCAGGAGUAUGCAAUACAAACUGAAUAACUGCAAAGUUAGUUUUCACACAAAGUAUUGUCAAUAAGUUGAACAUCCACUUGUUAAUUUGGACUCACAAAAAUCACUAUAAAACUUGACUUUGCUUGGUAAAAUUUAAUUGGGACUGACAUUUUAAUAAAUCAUGAUAUGAAAAGAAUUUUGUACUGUUGGAUGAAAUUGCCACCCUAUAUAUUAAGGUUCACUGCUGUCUCUACUGUACGUAUGUUCAUUCUCCACCCUACCUCUAUUCAAGCAGCCUUUGUGAUUGAUGCGUCUCUGGCCAAUAAAAAAUUAUUUGCU